UGCAGCUUGCUUCUGCUGUGUUAUGGUGCUUGUGUAGAAUUACACUAAAAUAAUGUCAUGCUGAGAAUGUUAACAGCGGUCUUACUUUAGAAUGUCUUAAUUUCUAAAGCCUGUGCUUUACAGCUACUUCAGGAGUUCCUGCUCAUGGAGAGUAAGGAUAGCUCUAACCCUGAAAGGAAUUGAGUAUGUUCAGGCUCCAGUCAACCUUAUAAAGAUGGAGGACAGCAGUUGUCAGAUGAUUAUACAACACUGAACCCCAUGCGACAGGUUCCAGCUAUCACCAUCGACGAGAUCACCCUCUCACAGUCGCUUGCAAUAAUACAAUACCUGGAUGAAACAAGACCCACUCCAAGACUGUUACCAGAUGACCCAAAGAAACAAGCCCAAGUGAGGAUGAUCUCUGAUAUCAUUGCUGCUGGGAUACAGCCUUUGCAGAAUUUAGCUGUCCUUCAGAAAGUAGGAGAUGACAAGAAACUGGAAUGGGCUCAGCAUUUUAUCAUCAAAGGCUUUAACGCUCUAGAGAAAAUUCUACAGCAAACAGCAGGCCAGUAUUGUGUUGGAGAUGAGAUUUCUAUGGCUGAUCUGUGUUUGGUCCCUCAGGUUUACAAUGCUGAGAGGUUUAAGGCAGACCUGAAACCAUACCCCACCAUCACUAGGAUCAACAUAACUUUGAUUGAACUUGAUGCAUUUAAAAUGAGCCACCCUUCUUACCAGCCAGACACCCCACCAGGACUAUGAAUGGCAGAUGAGCAAACUGCAGAAGUGAAAAAGUGUCAACAACAGUAACAUUUCUACUAUAUGUGCUGUUAGUUGUGUCUGGGGUUAAUAUCACGUGAACAGAGUUGUUCGCUCAAAGAACACGGACAUUUGAUUUAAAACUACAAAUUGUAACACAAGACACUUCAGGCAACUAUGCAUGCAUUUUGUGUGUAUAUGUGCUCUUUGUGCAUUCUUUCAAAUUUCCUAUAAUUAAUGGUGUUUCAUGUGGGCACUAGAACAAACAGUAAACAAAUGUGACCUCACACCAGACUACGAUGAAAGAUGGAUACGAGUAAGUAAGCUACCCAGUGAACAAUUAAAUAUGCCUGUCUGGUUCAUGUUCGAGUUGCAAUAGGCACUUGCUGUUUGUAUUAACUAAGCUGAUGUGUUGCUUUAAACAAGUUUGUCACCAAAUUUGAUACUAACCCGAUAAAAAAUGAGCAUUUGUUAAAUUCUUUCCGAAGAAUUCUAUCGCUAUUUUAAAAAGAUGAAAGCAGUUACGUAAGUGUGUCUCUGUUUUUAUCAUAUAAGUUGAAAAUGUUCUAUUCACCUUGUUUAUAUGGUCACAGCAAAUGCUAUUGGUGUGCCACAAAGCAGAAUGUACUCUUCCUGAGUGCAGUUAAAAAAUGAUGAAAGUAGUUAUUCUGAUCAUGACCCUCUAAUAUUUAUGCCUGCUAUUCCUGUAAUUUCAGUGUUAAUGAAUGCACAGUUCAAAGUCACACACCAAUUGCUUUAGGGUGUUUUUCUCACAGCUAAUAUGGGUUAGUGCACUUAAUGUUCAUUGGAUAAACAUUGUAAUUAUUCUUUUAACACUCACAAAUAUAUAAUUUGCAGAAA